AGGCCUCAUCUCCGGGCCAAUUAGAAGGUUAGGAGGAAAGCGCGGGAGGAGGAAGUUCGCGCGAGUGCACGGCCAGUGGCUGCUUCCCAAACCGAUGCGUUUUAUAAAUGUAGUGCGGUACAAAGACAUUGAAUCGAGACCUUUGUAGUGCACUGAGUUAGGGAAUAAAGUGUCGGUUUAUGACGCAGCCUGUGCAGCGUGCGCCUGGACCGGUCAGAUCCAGGAUGGAGGAUCAGAGUCUCUUACAGUCCACACAGAAAAGAAGCUUCACCUCGCUCCUGGCCAGUCGGCUCGGGAGAAAGCGGAGGCUGCAGAGUCACAGUGAGCUUCAGGAAGCAUCCAUAAAUCUGAUAAACCGUAACCAGAACAUCUCGGCCCUCCUGCAGGAAACAGCAGCAGGUACGAGAGGUGGUACACACACCUGUAUGCGCCAUGUUGGAGAGAUCAGUACUAGUGUGCUGGAGUGUGAGCUGCGCAGGCAGGCGGAGGAGAUGUGUGUCCCCGUCUCUGUACUGUCUGUCAAAAUGGUGAUGGAGAGAAUCAAAGCUUUGCAGGGAGACCGAGUCUCUGCCAUGAUGGACUCCGCCUACAGGACUGAGCUCAUCAUGUUGUUAUGUGCAGCCCGAAAGCUGUUAAACGUGGGAGUGUUUAGUCCCAAACUGUUUUGGCAGGAGUACUGGAAAAGCCAGCCUGUGCUGGAAGUGGUGUAUCGUCUGCAUACUGAGGAGCUCCUUCCACUGCAAUACACACUGACCAGUGAUGCAGGGGUGUGUGUGUGGUUAGUAUCUCAGUUGCAGUCGCUAUGUGAAUGUGGAGUGACGGACGAAGAGGGAGUCAUGCGUCAUCACAUUCUCUCCACUGUGGUGUGUGUGUUAGUCCCUGUUGGAUUUGAGGAUGUUAUGGACUCCAGUGUGUCUCACUCCUGCUCUUCAGUGCUGGACAGUAUGCUCUCCUGGGUCCUGGAUUCAAUAGAAAACACACACACAGCAAACCCCACACACACCACACACACUACAGACUCCUCAAAACAUCUACCAGCUGCUGCAGUUUGGCUUUGUGUGUUCAAGACUUCCGUGUUUGCUGUGUCCGUGUCAGAAGAUGCUGUGCACCGUUUUUUUACACACACACUCACACACAUACUCACACAUCAGCCCAGCUUCAAAGUGUCAGACGCCAUAGCAAUGCAGAGUCAGUGGAGUUUUGCUAAAACAUCUCAGUUGAUGACGUCACUGUUUUGUAAGGUGUGUGUGGUGUUCAGUAUGGAGGAGGUGUGCACUCACCUGCAGCAGGUAUUAGAGACUCUGGAAGUGAACUGGAAGAAUGUUCUGUCCUGCAUUUCAACAUUGUUGGUGUAUCACUCAAACAUGCAGGCUUGCCUCAAAGAGCUGUUGUCCCAGUUGCUGAGAUCAGCGUUUCACUCGUACGAUGUGGAGAAAAUGAUCACCGCCUUCCUGUUAGCUCGACAAGGGGCACUAGAGGGUCCUGCCAUUUUUCCCUCCUACAGCGACUGGUUCAAGAUCUCCUUUGGCGGGGCGAGUGGUUACCAUGGUAACAGUAAGAAGUCAUUGGUGUUCCUGUUGAAGUUCCUGUCUGACCUCGUGCCCUUCGAUCCCCCGCAGUACCUAAAGGUCCAUGUCCUACACCCGCCCUAUGUCCCAGGGAAACACCGCUCUCUUCUGCAGGAGUUUAUCUCUCUGACCAGGACACGCCUCUCUGACCUCAAGGUUUCUGUUGAGCAGAUGGGGAUGUAUGAGGUGGUCUCAGGUGCUGCAACUGAGGUCAAGCCAGAGUGUGUUGCCCAGCAGGACGUGGAGAAAGCUGUAGCAUUCUUUCAAAACACUGGGAGGAUCUCAGCCACUGUGAUGGAAGCCAGUAUAUUUAGACGGCCGUAUUUCCUGUCCCGAUUCCUUCCUGCUCUGUUGACACCACGCAUGCUUCCAGAGAAACCUGAUAAUCGAAUGGCCUUCAUCGAGGCACUCAAGAAGGCAGAGAAGAUCCCAGCUGCUCUGUACUCCUCCUACAUUGAGUCCUGUAUGAGACAGCAGCAGGGAGCAGGUGUAUGUGAUCUAAAAGAACAGGACCCACAGAUGGGUGUUCAAACUCAUAUAAUGCAGCUGAGGGUGUUACUGUCUUCUGGGGCUGCUGAAGGAGAGGUGCGAGCACAGGUUGCCAUGCUGUCUCAGAUGCUGGCCGGUGUGUGUGAUAACCUGGACAAACAGAGCGAGUGUGAGACCAUAACACUGACCCUGGACCCACACUCUCCUUCACACACACCUCCUGUUGUAAAUGUGAUCCUGCAGGGUUUCUGUGAGUGUGUGCUUGCUAUGUGUAGAGUUGCUCCUCCAAACAGGCAGGGUGAGUGGGUUGGAGUGUUUCUGAAGAUGUUAUUAGGACAUACACAGCUAUACACACAUAUCCUGCAAAGAGUUCUGCAACUACUAAACCUCCAAGGGCCGUCUCUCGCUCCUGCCCAUGUCCUGGCUCUGGCAGUGUUAGUGGUGGACCUUCAUGUGUGUAGAGAUCAGUUUCCCAUGGUGGACCUGUCUCACUCCCUCAGUCUCACACCCUCUACCCGAUUGACUCCAUCCGAGGCCCUGAGUGAUGCUUUACCUUUUUCCACUGCGAGUGGCAUGGAGUUCUCCCUUAGGUUCUGUGUGGUGGCAGUGUGUUAUGCUCUGUGUAAAUCCAGUUCACACGCUAAGGAGCUCACACACUUUAUCCCCUCUCGCCUCUAUAAACGGCUGCUGUUCCUCAUGCCAAGGCUUGUGCCAGAGCUGCGUUCAGGUGUGUUAAUGACAGGAAAACAGGAUGAUGAUGAUAAGUGGGUUGAUGAAGAGGAGUGCAUGAGCGCAUGGGCAAGUGUGACUGACUGCAGGCGGAGUAUGAGGAGCUCUGUCAAAGCAAUGUGGGGACACACCACCAUCAGAAACCUGCAGAAACACCCAGAACACCAGUUGUCAUUCUCUGACUGGUUAAUGUUCGAGCUCCGAGUACAGCGCAGUCAAGAUGCACUGUCUGAUACAGAGAGACAGCUGUAUGAGCGGUGGGCAUGUCAGCAGUGGUUCCUCCCAUUGUGCGGGACUGCAGGAGGCUGUAAGGGAAACACGGCAACAGCGUGUACACACAUCAUCAACGCUGUGCUGGAUGAAGGGGUGUCUCCAGUGCUGUAUUCCCCAGCUCCUCCUCACACAGACUCCUGUCGUGUAGACAUUCUGGCCAGACUGCAGGAGCUUCUAUGGGAGCUGCAGUUCACAUGCAGGAGUAGAGUGAGAGAGAAGCGUCUCUUCUUGUGGGAUCUGAUGGAUCAAAGAUGCUCAGUAAACUCUAAACCCAAAAACAGCAGCUCUGAGCUAGAGCUCCAGACAAUUCUGCAUACCUGCAACUGUGUGAUCCUCACCGUUCCAUCUUCGCUCCUGGUGUGUGUGUGUGCUGCUGGAAGAAAGAGCAUGCUGGACUGCACAGCACUCAUGGAUCACAUAAAUAAUCAUCAGAGGAGGGUGUGCUCUCCUGCUGGUGUUCUUUCCUGCUCCUUGACGACCCACUUCCUCUCAGCAGUGCUCAGUGCGAGUGUGAGUUGCGAGUCUCCUGUUGAAGCCGUUGAUACUACUCUGUCUCAGCUCAGUGUGCGCUGUCCCCUUCUGAUGCUAUCUGCUGUGCGGUGGUGGGUGUGUGUCUCUCCAGUGUUGUGUUCUUUGUGGGAGCGUGUGAUUGGAGGGCAGCAGCCUGAUAUGCUACAGCUACUAAAUGACUGCACUCAGUGGGCCUGCAGGUGGGUGAGGGGUCUCCCAGACGAUGUACCCUCGGCUCCUGCGUUGGUGUUAGCGGUGUGUGUGCACGUUGCAGUUGAACAGCAGGGCAGUGACACUGAGCGUGUUAAAGCUAAACUUACUCUGAUACAGCAGCACAGAGAGGUGCUGGUUUUUCUGCUCUUCUUCUACAUAACAGACUUCCUCUCUGAACACCUUUCACCACAGGGGGGUUUACAGGGGGAUCGGAGUGUGAGCCGUGCUAAAAGCUUCAGCGUUCAGCUAAUCACCCUGCUGGCCGACUCUUCUGAUUGGCUGUCCCUGUUCCACCAAUCAGGGAGCAGUAUGGAGCAUGAGCACAGUUCAGAGCGGAAAGCCUACGCCAGUGUCGUCUCCAUGGUAACCACAGACCAGUGUGCACGGCUGAUGCCGUUCGCGUUGUUCAGCAUGUUGGUGGAUGUUGAUGCGAGUAUCUUGAGCAGAUUGAUGGUUAGCCCAGGGUUCCUCCUACCAGCUGUGAUGUCAUAUACUGCACUGAUGAAGCUCUUCCUGCUCGGACACACUGCAGACGUCAAAGCUGACACACCGCAGCAGAUCCUGCGUGAAGCUCAGCACAUUGUUUUGAAGAGCAUCUCUUUGACUCGCCCAGGCUCCAUCACACACAGCCUAUUAAGACAGAUGGAGGCAGAGUGUAUGGAGCUGGACCCUGAGGUGGCAGCUGCGCUCUCGGCUCUGAUGAACUCCGAUGACCUGUGACCUGCAGGACUUCUGCGUGAUGGGGGGAGAACACUUCUCCUGUUUGACUCUUGACGAACU